CAGGAAUAUGUGGAGGCUGUCUCUUUUCAACAUUUCAUCAAAACACGAUCGUUAAUCAGUAUGGAUGAAAUUAAUAAACAGUUGAUAUUUACAACAGAAGACAAUGGGAAAGAAAACAAGACUGCAGCCUGGCCCGCUCAGCACCUACAGCGUCUUCUCGGAGGCGGCAGCUGGCACGGAGGCCGGGCUACCUGAGAACCAUGGCUGGGCCCGGGAUCGAGUUUCUCUCUCCAAACGUGGGCACAGGAGGGGUGUGCAGCCAGGAGUCCCACGGGCCAGAGUGCAGGGCUGGAUGGUACAGCCCUGUCCCCGGAGGCCAGGGACGAGGCCCCUCCGCGGGAAUACCUGUUCCUGAGAAGCCGGUGGCCCGUGCUGUGACCUCUGCAGGCCGCUCGGGCCUUGCUCUGACCUCCGUUCUAGGAACCGCAGCGUGUUUUGGGCUGCAGUGCAGAGCAGGUCCCAGACGACCUGGCACACGGACCAGGCUGUGUGGCCUUGGGAACUCUGGGGAUCUACCGGAGCUCACAUCCAUGGACAGUGUGGAGGUCCCAGGCGCCACCUGGGAGGCAGCCCGUGGGGAAGCAGCAAGGGGCACCCAGGCAACAGGCCCUGGGCCAUCAGCAGAGAUCAACGGCCUGGGCUGUGGCCCCGGAAGUGCUCCCUCCACCUCCUCUGCCCUGCGCGACUCCCAGGAUGUAUUUGCCUCCAGCUUCAGCUUUAUUCAGCUCUCACUCGGCUCUGCUGGGGAGCGUGGCGAGGCAGAGGGCUGCCUGCCCAGAGAGGCUGAGUGCCCCGGUCAGAGCGCACAGGAGGUGGGAGCCAAGGCCCUCAGCUCACAUGGGCCCCACCAGGACCCCCAAUACCUCUCUCCGAGCUCAGCAGACUCGGCCCAGGCAGCAGGGAGCAGCCGUGGGCCGGAGCUGGGAGUGCCGGCUCUCCUGGACAUGGACCCUGGCUUCUCCUGGUCCCCGGAUUCCCUGCUGGCCAGCCGCACGGGUGAUGAGAGCAGCAGCUCGGAGGAUAGCCGUGGGUGGGACGCCCUGCUCAGGAGCUGGGAGCCUGCGCUGCGUGACUGCCUGCUGAGUAACCGGAGGUGGCUGGAGGUAACAUCCUUAAGAUUAAAGCUUCAGAAACUUCAAGCAGCAGCAGUUGAGGAUGACGAUUAUGAUCAAGCUGAGAUCUUCAAGCAGAGAUUGGAAGACCUGGAACAGGAGCGGAGCGGCCUGCACUUCCAGCUUCCGUCCAGGUGGCCAGGGCUCAGCAGCUUCCUGGACUACCUGGCUGCACAGGCCCAGGCCGCCUUGAGCCAGCGAGCUGCCCGGCAGGCCAACAGCGGCGACAUCCACUCCCCACUUGGAGCAGAGCAGAGGCCCUUGGAACCCACAGCUCAGGACAACCUGCGUGUGGCCAUCACCAGACGAGACUGGCUUCUUCAGGAAAAGCAGCAGUUGCAGAAAGAGAUCGAAGCCCUCCAAGCAAGGAUGUCUCUGCUAGAAGCUAAAGAUCAACAGCUGAGGAAGGAAAUCGAGGAGCAAGAGCGACGGCUCCAGUGGCAGGACUGUGACCUGACCCUCCUGAUGGGCCGACUGACCCCCGCGCAGCUGCAGGGGCUCAGCAAGGCUCUGUGUGACACCCUGGCCUGCGCCAAUCAGAUUCUCCUCCAAGCGGAGCCACCCGAGACCAUAAGGAGCCUCCGGGAAAGAAUAAAAUUCCUCAAGUUAUCACUUAAAGAAAUCACUGUGAAGGUGUGUACGAGAGAGGGACUGUGCAGCUCUCUCAGGAAGAGAAUCGGCGACGUCGAAGCCCAACUCCUGGCAUUGCUGGAAGCCAAAAUGCUGGCCGUAUCAGGAAACCAUUUCCGCACAGCUAAGGACCUCGCAGAGGAGAUGCGAUCCUUGGCAUCAGAGAGAGAAGCGCUGGAAGGUCUCCUCGGCACGCUGCUGGCGCUGAGUUCCAGGACCGUCCACAAGCUGGGGAGCGUUAACGAAGAGUGCGGCAGACUGACGAGGGAGCUGGAGCGCCAGGAAGCUGCCUAUGGAACAAGUGUGAGGGAAAACACUGCGAAGUACAUGGAAAUGCUCGAGGGGACACUGUGCAGCGUCAAGUGUCCACUGCUUAGAAAAGUGUGGGAAGCGGACCUGGAAGCUUGCCGGUUGUUUGUCCAGAGCCUGCAGCUCCAGGAAGACAGGGGCAACCUGGCUGCAGAGGAGAGGCAGCUGACUGGCUUAGAGGGGGCUGUCUGCACCGUCGCUCAGGACGUUCUGCCCAGUUCCCACUCCAAAGAUGAGAGGAGGACCUCUCUGCAGCCAUUCGAAGAGCCGAAGGUUCACCCACCCCCCUCUCCUCACAGUGCUGGAGAACACAGACAGGAAUCUUGCAUCCUUUCUGCAGACCUUGUAGAGAAAUGCGAAGGCAUCAACAAAGAGUUAUUGUGCUUGGAAGAUCAACUGCACACGGCGAUCCACAGCCACGAUGAGGCUCUCAUUCAUAUCCUUUUGGUCAUGCAGAUGAAGCGCCUGCGAGGUUAUUUUGUAAAGGAGGGACUUUUAAAAUGUACCUUCUCCCACGCCACGGUGGUGGAAGCGUGUGGCUGCUGCUGUCCCUCACAUGCCAGCACCCGUAGAUCUGAGGUUCCUCGGUCGUUUCCCAACUCCUCCAGCUUUCGUCGGUUCUCGACAAGGCCGCCCAAGUGGGGACGUCACCCCUCUGCUCCAAGCCCUCCCUGCUCCUGGCUCACCUGGGACACCUACACCGUCAGGUAGACCACCUCCAUGCCUGCAUGGCUCAUCUGCCCUGCCCUGCUCACAGGUGUUUGAAUGCCACACGGCGGUGAGGUUGGCUCACUGCUGUGCUGCUGUGUCUAGAAUCGACCUUUUCUUCCCCUUUUUUAAUUGCCAGAGUGGGGGGGAGAGAGAAAGCAGCCCCCGGCAGGUGUGGUCAUGCUGCAAUGCCUCCUCGAUUCCUCCUCCUGC